AUGUCUUUCUUCGAAAGCUGCACAGGGGCUCAUAUCCAGACUAGGGAAGAUGGCCUCUACCUAGUCUGCUAUGCCCGAGAUGUGUAUGGUAGCUAUCCUCAGGCCGAAUUCAGACUGGAUGAACAUAUUGGUAACGACGAUGGGCGUUUCAUGUUUGACGGUGUAAAUUUCAGUCAGUCUGCCAAGGAUAUUCAGCUCGACGGGAGCAACUUGACGGCGAUCUUGACGGAUAAAGACGGAGAGUUUGGAGAUAGACAGAGCAUCGACCUGAAUGAUUACAUCGCGAACGAGGGUGGGAAAUUGGUCAGGUAA